AAGAGGGAGAGAGAAAGAAAAAAGAGAAAGAGAGAACGACCACAGGUAGUACUCAGAUUACUCUGCCUGUUCUGUUCUCUGUUGCAGACGGCUGUUCCUACCAUCUGACCAGGACGGUGCAGCUCUGCCAGCCACAGCACUGGAAUUUCCCAGGAGCAGGGGAGCAUGGAAUUUGCACUUUUCUGAGCAACUGAAGUGGAACAGGGAGCUUGUCUGUCCCAGGAGAGCACCAUGGAUGGCAAACCACCAGACAGGACUGGCAGCAAGCCCUCGAGGCCAGAAGACCCUUCUGCCACCAGGCUUCUUUCAAAUCCACUGAUGGGGGAUGUUGUGUCUGAUUGGUCUCCAGUGCAUGAAGCUGCGAUCCAUGGGCGUAUACUCUCUUUGAGGAAUCUCAUCAGCCAGGGUUGGGCUGUAAACAUCAUUACAACAGAUUGUGUGUCCCCACUCCAUGAAGCUUGUCUUGGAGGUCAUCCUGCUUGUGCAUCCAUUUUAUUAAAGCAUGGAGCUCAGGUGAAUGGCGUUACCACAGACUGGCAAACUCCCUUGUUUAAUGCUUGUAUCAGUGGCAGCCAGGACUGUGUGAAUUUGCUUCUGCAGCAUGGAGCCAGCCCCCACCCUGUGUGUGAUCUAGCAUCUCCCAUCCAUGAAGCUGCUAAGAGAGGCCAUGUGGAGUGCAUUGAGUCCCUUGCAGCUCAUGGGGGUGACAUUGACCAUCACAUCAGCCACCUGGGCACUCCACUCUAUUUGGCUUGUGAAAACCAGCAGAUAGCCUGUGCCAAGAAGCUUCUUGAGUCAGGAGCAAAUGUGAACCGAGGCCGAGGUCUGGACUCCCCUCUCCAUGCAGUGGCAAGGACAUCCAGUGGGGAGCUGGCCCGUCUACUCAUGGACUUUGGAGCAGACACCCAAGCCACGAAUGCUGAAGGCCAACGGCCCUUGGAUUUGGUGCCUCCAGAGAACCCCCUGAUCCAGCUCUUUUUGCAGAGAGAAGGGCCCGCCCCUUUGAUGCAGCUGUGCCGCCUUAGAAUCCGGAAGUGCUUUGGGAUCCAGCAGCAUCAUCAGAUCGCCGGACUCCUCCUCCCGGAGGAACUGAAACGGUUUCUCCUACACAUUUAAAUGUGUCAAGGCAAGCAUUAUUGAAUGCCGUCGCCACAGGAAUUUGACAAUAAAGUUGAGCUUCUAGAGCAUG